AUGUCGUUCAGCUUCGGCGGCACUCCCGCAUCAUCAGGCGCGAAUACUGGCAAUAUCUUCGGAUCUGCAUCAGGCUCUGGUAAUAGCGGAGGAAGCCUUUUUGGCAAUGCCAAUGCCGGAGGCAGUGGGUCGAACAAUAAUGCAUCAGGCGGAGGCCUCUUCGGGGCGCAGAACCCAUCAGGAUCAAGUGGUUUCUCGUUUGGCGCUAAAUCAGAUGCAACGGCCUCGUCGACGCCCACAUUCAGCUUCGGUGCACCUGGCACGCCUGCGAAACCUCCCAACUCUUCCGGUGCUGGAUCUACCACCCCAGCUGCCAGUAACCCUUUUGGUGGCAACCUCUCGACUACCCCAGCUGGCCCUCCACCAUCUUCUGCAGGAUUGGGUGCCAGCACAGGCGGCAGCUUUCUAAGUGGUGGGAAUGCAGCUGGCAAUGCCUCCAAACCCAGUCUAUUUAGCUUUGGCAAUACCGGUCCAGCGUCGACUAGCUCAUCGGGCACCACGACGCCUGCUCCCUCUGGCGGUGGCCUAUUCAGCACCCAACCUGCUGCGUCUUCUGCUGCAGCGCCUGCGACUAUCCCUUCGUUCAGCUUUGGUGCUGCUAAACCGGCACAGCCCUCCUCUAGUAAUCCAACUGCUCCUGGGCAAAGCAAUCUCUUCAGCCAGCCCACCCCCAGCAGUGGAGCACCUCCAGGAAACCUCCUUGGGUCAACGCCGUCGAGCGGUGCAAGCACGCCGAACCUCUUUGGCCAGAAGCCAGCAACAAGUCAGCCGCAGCAAUCACAACCUGCACCCUCGCAGCCUUCUGGCGGCGGUCUCUUCGCAAAGCCAGCAGCAACGUCCAGCAGUGAUGCUGCAGCUAAGCCGGCCUUCUCUUUCCAGGCACCAGGCGGCACCACGCCGCCUUCAGAUUCAACCCCGAAGCCAGCCUUCUCAUUCGGUCAGCCAGCGUCUGCGCAGUCCUCGGCACCUUCGACCAGUGCCGAAGCGCCAAAGGGAGGAUUGUUUGGAGCAACUCCAGCUCCAGCUUCAUCUUCAGCUGCCCCGACCCUUUCGCUCUUCGGCACCACGCCCGCCGCAACUACUUCAGCAGCUACGACAGCCACAACAACCUCUACUGCACCUGCGACAUCGGCUCCAGCUUUUAGCUUUGGAGCAUCCAAGACAGCAACGGCUCCCGCCUCAGGUCCUGCCAACACGCCUGCAUCUGGAUUCAACUUCGGCAACAAUACAACGUCCACGACAGGCGCAGCUGGGACUACAGCACCCGCGGGUGCCGCAGCAUCGACAUCUGGACCUGCGCCUCCUUCGCAGUCCCGGCUGAAGAACAAGACUAUGGACGAGAUUCUUACGAGAUGGGCAACCGACUUGACAAAAUACACUAAAGAAUUCAAGGCACAUGCUGACACUUUGGCGCGGUGGGACCAAAAGAUCGUGGACAAUAGCUCGAAGAUUGACAAACUCUACGUCAAGACCCGGACUUGUGAGAAGCAGACGAUGAGCGUUGAGAUGCAGCUCACUGCGGUGGAGAACCAGCAAGCUGAGUUGGAGGCCUGGCUGUCAAAGUACGAAACCGAUGUUGAUGAAAUGCUGGCCAAGGAGGGCUCCAAUCCGACCGAGCUUGGCGGACCUGACCAGGAACGCGAGAAAACUUACAAGCUUGCUGAGAAGCUCUCGGAGCGCCUGGACGACAUGGGCUCUGAUCUUGAGUCGAUGGUGGAAGAGGUCAAUGCCGCCAACGCCAGCCUGAGCAAAACUGGCAAGGCCGAUGAACCUAUCACGCAGAUCGUCAAGAUUCUCAACAACCAUCUCAAUCAAUUGCAAGCCAUCGAUCAAGGUGCAUCAACCCUGCAAGCCAAGGUUGCUGAGGCACAGAAGGCGGCUCGCGGAAUUGGAUACUUGAACGGAAGUAAUGGCAACGAGGGAGUAGGCGCUGUGGACGACUUCUACCGGAGCUAUAUGGGUCGCAGAUAG